CGUUCGGUAAACGGAUAGUAAUGUACGCACUCGUGAAUCAAUAUGCAGGACGUGGAACGAUCAAGAAAUUAUACGCUCGUCGAUCGUGCUCGACGAAUGUCAGACACGUUGAGACGAGCAGACCCAAGCCAUUCGAGGACAUACCGGGACCGAGAUCGUUACCUAUUAUCGGCACGUUGUACAAAUAUCUACCUCUCAUCGGUGAAUACAGCUUCACCAAGUUGCACAUCAACGGUUUGUUGAAACUGAAACGUUACGGGCCUCUAGUGCGGGAGGAGAUAGUUCCUGGUGAAUCUAUAAUAUGGGUCUUUCGACCGGAAGAUAUAGCAGAAAUUUUCAAAGCCGAAGCAGGUCUACAUCCCGAGAGAAAAUCGCACUUGGCUCUUCUCAAGUAUCGAAAGGACAGAAGUAACGUCUACAACACCGGAGGGCUUUUACCGACAAAUGGCAUCGAAUGGUGGAAAUUGCGCCGGGAAUUUCAGAAAGUCCUGAGCAAACCUCAGAACAUCAUUGACUACUUGGAAGAUACCGAUCUCGUUGUUCAGGAAUUCGUACAGCUCUGCUCCCGCGAAAAGCCCAAUGCCGAUCUCCUGCCAUUACUUUCGCGUCUGUUUCUUGAACUGACGUGUCUCGUUGCCUUCGACGUAAGAAUGCAGAGUCUGUCGAAGGAGGAACAACGUCCCAAUUCCGAAACUUCGAGACUCAUCGAGGCAGCAUACGUGACAAAUGACGUGAUACUACGAUUGGAUAAUGGCCCGCGACUUUGGCGCUUUUUCGAGACACCGUUGUACAAAAAGCUGCGGAAAGCACAGGAUUAUAUGGAAGAGGUAGCAUCGCGAAUGGUCACUCGGAGGAACGAGGAUGUGGCUAUACGUCGAAAACGAUCUCUUCUCGAGGAAUAUCUGAGAAACGAAGCUUUAGAUGCCAAAGACAUCGUGGGCAUGGCGUGUGACAUGUUGCUCGCCGGGAUGGAUACCACGACGUACAGCACGGCGUUCGCUUUGUAUCAUCUCGCGAGAGAUACGAGAGUUCAAGAGAAGCUAAGAUCGGAAGCUGCGUCUCUGUUAGUCGAUCGUACCUCUCCGGUAACGGCACAAGUCUUGAGGAACGCCACGUAUACCAAGGCCGUGAUAAAAGAAGCGCUUCGCAUGAAUCCCAUCUCCGUAGGAACAGGACGCGUCUUGCAAACAGACGUCAUUCUCAACGGAUAUCACGUUCCUCAAGGAACUCUGGUUGUCACCCAAAAUCAAGUGAUUUCUCGACUGCCCGAGUAUUUCGAUGAACCAAACUCGUUCGUACCAGAGCGGUGGCUACGUGACAAUACCUACGAGAAAUGCGUAGGCAAAACGACGAGAGAGAGGUCCGUGCAUCCGUACUUGGUACUGCCGUUUGGUCAUGGGCCACGAUCGUGCAUCGCGAGACGAUUCGCGGAACAAAACAUGCAAGUCGUCUUACUUCGCCUGUGUCGAGAGCUGCAAUUUACCUGGUGCGGAAAAAAUGAAACGCUCGGCUUGGCUUCGUCGUUGAUCAAUAAACCCGACGCGGCUGUUCAACUUAAUUUCAAACACCUACAUACGUAAGGCUUCGGCUCGAGGAAACGCGGAAUUAUGCAAUGGAAUUGCAAUAACACUGUCCACUUGUGUGAAUUUUCUAUCGGAAAACAAUGUUUAUUACUUUGUUUGUAAGAACGAGAUCGUUCUCUCAUUAAUACGAGUACAGAUAAUAGAAAGAAUGAUAA